GGGCCAGUCCAGGGACGGGACGGGCUAUAUUUCCUGAGUGCUGUGUUAACGGGCUGGCCCGGCCCGACUUCAACGGGUCAGACACGGGUUGUGGCUGAGUUCUUCCUUCUCACCACCGCCGCUACGUACGUCUCUCUUCGUCGUCUCCUCUGACUUCCCUCUUCUCAGCAAUCGUCGUCUGUCGGUUCCAACUUCUCACCGCCAUCGGGCUUAGCUUCGCGAAGUCUAUCGCUCAUCUCUCUCGCUCCACCACUUUGAUUGUUUAUUCCCCUCCAUCUCUCCCACCUACUCUCGGUUAUGGCUUGCCCCAUUGCAUAUUCGAAUCUCAACAUUGGAUUGCCCUAGUGCCCUAGUCUAUCGUUCUGUAGAUGUGUUGCUCUCUCACUCACGCUUGGGACUGCGAGGGGAAACCAACGAAGAAGACUUGAUUCGUGUCUCGGCUAAUGACGGUCUCGAGGAAUAGUUAAAAAGGUUACUGGGGAAAUCGAAGAAAUUACCGUGGAAAAGCUGACUUCGUUUUUGAACAAUUAAUUGCAAAUCAAAACAAGUUUACAUCAGGAUAAAAAUCUCCGUGGACUCUUAAAUUUUUUUGAUACUUUGAUACUUCUCAUGCGUUGAACACAUGAUGAAAAGAAGUGUAGGGGCUAAAAUACUUGUAUUUAUUAGUGUGGACUGUCCCGGCAAUAUCUUCCUACCUGUUGAUUGAGAAUACAAUAUAUAUUAUACACAGUCACUGCCUAAAUUUCAGAAGUGGUUCUCUGAAACUUGAUUAUAUCAGUGAGAAGGAGGAAUGGAUUGUUCAAUUCCAGAGGCAGCAGAAUGCGAUCUCUCCAUUCCAAUUCCGAGAGGUGGACCCAUUUACGUUCCCAACAUGGUCGGCCCCUCCACUAGGGUUCCUCACUUUCAGACUUCUCUUCUUUCUGAACUUCAGAAUCUUGAGGCCGAAUUGUCUGAAGAUUUCUCUCACCUUGAUAUCUCGGUGGAUGACCUUAAAAUAUUUACCGAGGACCAGUUGAUGGAUAUGGCUCUCAAAGAAGUAUUUAAGGGUUCGGAGAACGAUGAAAAUCAUCCUCCUCUUCCAGACCAACCCAAUGCAAGGUGUGGUGAGAAGAAAUCAAAAAGAAAGAGAAGUGGAACAAAUAAUUCUGUUCUCGACAUUGACUGUAUAGAAAAGGUGGAGCAUGUGGUGAGAAUCAAACAGAAGCAGGAAGAAGACAAAGCAGCCGUCAAACUUCAUUCAUUUAAUCCUGCUUUCAAGAUCAAUGAAGCUGCACAUAAAUCAACUAAGACAGAAAGGAUGAGGACUCUUAGGUCUAUGAGUUCCACCAGAAAGAUUAAUGUUUGGCAGGUCAACGCAGUCAACCUUCAGGAACACGUACCUGUGCAGUAUCCUGAAGUUGUUUUGUUUGUGGAGGUGUACCAUAAUGUUCGCAAGGGUACCAAGAUCCAGGAGUUAUUAGUUCUUGGAGGACAGAUGUUAACUGCACUAAGGGACAAGAUCUUUUGCUCAACAGACCAGUUGAUGCACAAAGCUGGGCAGCAUGAUCCUUCUGGAUAUUUUCUCAUAGAAGAUGUAUUCUGCCCUGAUUUGAGGGAUCCAUCCGCUAUUGAUCUCACAAGACCUAUUUUGGAUUGGCUCCAAAACUCCAAGGAGGAGGCACAAAAGAAAUGGGAAUAUAUUAUAACUGGGGAGCUGCAAAAGAAACAAAAGGCAAUCAUGGGUGAACAAUCUGCAUCACAGUUGCCUCACUUUAGAUCCAUUGAGAUGCAGAAGUUACGUUUUUGUGACUUAAGCUUUCGACUUGGUGCUGGAUAUCUCUAUUGUCAUCAGGGUAACUGCACCCAUACCUUAGUGAUACGAGAUAUGAGGUUAAUUCAUCCCGAUGACGUGCAUAAUCGAGCUCUCUAUCCAAUAGUCACGUUUCAACUGAAGUUGCGUUUUCAGAAGUGUAGUGUUUGCAAGAUAUUCAGAGCUACAAAGAUCACUGUGGAUGACAAGUGGACACCAGAAAACCCUUGUUAUUUUUGUGAUGACUGUUUUUCCCUACUUCAUCAAGCAGAUGAUGGCACUGCAUUAUAUACCGACUUUGUAGAGUAUGAUUACAACCAUGAUUGAUUGCUGUUAGCCUUGGACGAACACCAACACCCGAUUAAAGUUGCUUACAAAAAGCUCAUUCAAAAUUGCUUCUUUCAUUUAUGUAUUGAAUUUUUUUUAUCUUUGAAAGUAAAAUCUAUAGGUCUACAGGGUAGGAGAAAAUUUGUUAGAUGCCUUCUUGAAGAUGCUUAUGUAUAAAUAUUAUUUACAAUAAUGUCUUUUUAGGAUCAACUGAAA